UCACGCUGACAGUUGUUUGUAUUUUUUAAAAGUUAGUAACCGAAGAAUAAUUUCGUUGUUAAGUACCAGGUCAAAAAACGCCAGUAAAAAUGAUUGAAGGUGUAAAAGUGAUUACUACUAAGUUGCCGACAUAUUUGGGACAGUUAUUACAAGAAGAUCGUACGAUAAAGCUGGUUUUUGUACAGAAUACUGCACCUCAACAAGAGUCCAAAAUAAAUAAUACUGUCGAGGUUAGUCAAGAUACGAGCAAAUUCGAAUUAACCGGAACACCGUUACAAACUGAUCUGGGAACUGAUGAGACACUUACCAACGAUGAAUUUUCAAGUAGACCAUCUAAUUGGACUGCAGAAGAAGCUAAACAAUUUCCUCUUACUAUAAAACACGCUAGAAAAUUCAUAAAUGAUCUGUUGAAAACGAAAAAAUCAGGUGAAUCGAUAUACUGCAUUUGUGAUGGGAAUGAUCUGCAACGUACAGUGGGUUUAGGUGUAGCAGUCAUUCCUUGUAAAAUAAGUCGCCUAUUGGUCUAUGUUUUGCCAUGUUGUUACACAAACGACGAAAUUAUGACACUCGAAUAUAUGAAAAAUGAUCAUAUUAAAAACGUUGGAAGAAAUGCGCAGAUCAAAAUUUCAACCAACAAGAUUCAUGAUCUGUAUGGCUACAACAUGGCAAAUUGUCAUGCUUUGCAAAAUACAGAAUAUAACGGAAAUAUAUCAAUCGAAGUAUCAACAGAAGAAGCUAAUAACAUUUCUCAUAGCAACACAAAUGUAAAAAUGAAUUUCCAAGUCAUCGUGGGUCAUAAGGAUUCUCCUUUACUUAAAUUUUGGGAAGAACUGUGUCUCCUCCAAUCAUACAUCAAAUUGUUAGAACGUGUAAAUGAACUCGGCAGAUGUACAGUCGUUAAUUUAGAAAAUAACAUUUCCUGUGAGGAGAUUUUUUCAAUUAUAAGGGAAUUUGUAAACACUGCGAGUAUUUUCAAAAAACUCACCUACGGAACUUUGGAUUUAAAAAAUUUGAGACCGUUGGAUGUUUUGGACAAAUUAUGGAAUGUGUUGAGCCAAUGUAACACCUUGUCGGAGUUACGUGAUUGUUUUCAUUUCUUCUUUGAAGAAAUAGCGGAAACACAAACAAAGUUACAAGUACAGACUGAAGACAAAUCCGUCGUGGCUGAUAUUGUGAGUGGAAUUUUGAAUGGAAGAACAGCUGUUCCCACUCUGAGUUAUGUGCAAAGUUUAGAGCUGCUGAUAGAUGCAGGAUUGGAAAAAUUGAAAAAAGAUUAUGUUGUAAUUAUUACAAAUUUUUCUACUAUUAUGAAGGAAGUUAUUUUCAAGAAAUGGAGAGAAUUUUCAAAUACUUCAAAUGUGAAUUCUAGUAAUGCUUCACAUAAAAAAACUACUAGGAUAACUAUAAACGCUAAAACCGUAAUUACCGAUUUAACAAGCCAUAAGUUAAAGUUAACAUAUUUGGAUUCUAUGCAAAAAGUUGCUGAGUUUAUGUUCCUCUAUCAAGAAAAUUUGUCUCAACUGGAGGAGUCUUUUCAUUUCUAUUGUGACAGUCUGUGUGAUAAGUUUUUGGUGAAAUUUCCAAAUGUAGUUCAAACUUCUGAUAUAAGGCAACCUCGCUUGUGUCACUUCUGUGUUAAUAUUUCUUCAGCGGAUGCACACCACUUUAUUAACGAUAAGUCUCCGUUGGCUUUUUCCGUUACUCUUUUCUCUACUAUAAAGCUUGCAGAUGUGCAGACAGUAUUCCAUUUUUCGGAUUAUCCAAUUAUCCCCUCAUGUAUUUUUGAAGCUUAUGAAAUUCCUACUGAAAAUAACGAAGAAAAGUUAAUGUUUGUUACUAAACUUGUUAAAUAUGUCGAUAAUUGUUGAGAUUCGUAAUAAAAAUUUUACUUUUAA